AUGUCUGACCCACACCUUAAAUUUGUGGCUCCUUGUCAAUCCUUCUUGGAUACAUCGUUUUUUCAGGAGCUUGCUCGCCUUAAACUGGAUGUAUUGAAAUUAGACUCAGCAAUAAAGGAAUUAACUAGCUCAAUUGGCAUUUCACAUAUUCCAAGAGGAUCUCCAUGCGCACACUUAUUCUUAGAUAGCCAUAGCUUUGGAAGCCGUGAGCGAAAAGAAGGAGAAAUGCUUAUCAAGGGCUCUUUGUACAACUUUAACACAAUCGAAGAAUUCAAAAAGGUUGACAAAACUAGAUUUCUCCGGGAUCGUGCAGAUGAGCUUUGGAAAGAAGGUAUAGAGGAUCCCAAUGAUUGCGUGAAAUUUUCAAUAAUAAGUUUCGCAGAUUUAAAAGCGUUUAAGUUUUUCUAUUGGGUGUGCGUACCUUGCUUCCAACUAGACUCACUGACGGCCUCGGUGAGGGGAAGUGGGCCCUUCAAGUCAACUUCCAAGUUCGACGAAUGGUUUGCAGCUCAUCCAGGUUGUUGGAGCUGUCUUGUUGGUGAAUCUGGGGAGCUAAUGGAAUUUAACAAGGUCAAUAGCGUAAGAAGCUCAACUUUGUGCAUGCGAGAUACAAGCACGGUUGACAUGGUACCUUCAGCUCUUGCGAAAAGUUUUAUUUCACUUUUAAAGCAUUUUAGGUCCGAUUUGAAAGAGGUACGAUUGAUUUUUAUAAGAUCGGAGACAGCCAGCAGCUUCUGGGUUGAUACUGAUAUGUCCUCUAUCUUGGCACCAGACAAUACUAAACUUAAAGUUACUGGCUGGGAAAGAAACUUGCAGAACAAGUUAACACCAAGAGCAGUGGACCUGAGCUCUUUAAUAGAUCCCUUGCACGUUGCAGAUCAAUCGCUCGACUUGAAUCUCAAGCUCAUGAAAUGGCGUAUCGCACCAGAAAUCAAUUUAGAUAUCAUCAAAAAUACAUCGGUUCUACUGCUGGGCAGCGGAACUCUGGGGUGCUAUGUAGCACGCGUGCUUUUAGCCUGGGGCGUUCGGAAAAUCACAUUUGUGGACAACGGAACAGUGUCUUUCUCGAACCCCGUUAGGCAACCCCUUUUUACUUUCAAUAGCUGCGGAAAACCCAAGGCCGCUGCUGCAGCGGACUCACUUCGAGAAAUUUUUCCUCUUGUGGAAGCAGAAGGUGUCGAGCUUGCCGUUCCCAUGAUAGGUCACCCAAUUACCAGUGAGAGUAAACAAAAUGAAGACUACAAACGGCUUCUUGAACUUAUCAAAGCGCACGAUGUUGUGUUUUUGCUGAUGGAUUCUAGAGAAACUCGAUGGCUUCCAACAGUCAUGGGCUAUGCAGAAGACAAAAUUGUCAUAAACGCGGCGCUUGGAUUCGACAGCUAUCUUGUUAUGAGACAUGGAAAUUACGAAACAGACCAAAAGGCCGACCGCCUGGGCUGCUAUUUUUGUCAGGAUGUUGUCGCGCCCAGUGACAGCCUUACAGAUAGAACUUUGGAUCAGAUGUGCACCGUCACAAGGCCGGGCGUUGCGCUAAUGGCGGCGUCACAAAGUGUUGAGCUUUUGGUAUCUCUGCUUCAGCACCCUAUGAGAAAUGGCGGAAGGCCUGACGAGAAAGUCAUCCUCGGUGAUCUCCCUCACCAGAUUCGGGGCUUCUUAAGCGAGUUCAAAACGUUACAGUUGCGCGUCACCGCUUAUGAGCACUGCUCUGCCUGCAGCUCUAUAAUAGUCGAAGAGUUCAAAUCCAGAGGCUGGGACUUUGUACGCGACGCGUUGAAUGAUUACAAAACUGUUGAAGAUUUAUGCGGGUUGUCAGAAGUCCAAUUAAAGGCUGAAGAAGUUAUGAAUGAUGUUUUAGAUGAGUGGGAUGACGAUGGAGAAGAUGGCGAGCUGCUAUAG